AUAUGAAAUGGAGUAUUUGUUUAAAUAAACUAAUUAAGAAUUUUUUUUAAAGAGUAUAUAUCCCGCCGUGAAAUUAGUUAAACAGCUACAUCACCGUUUCCCGCUUGGGACAAAUAUACUUUAUUCAGUGCCUGAAGUUCUUUGAAGUAAUUGGGCUGGCCUGUAUGCCAUUCAUGUCAAACUGUUUCUUAACGAGUCCUUUUCUACAACGUAUUGCUAAUAUAAAUGGCUUCUCCAGCGCCAAAAUCACCUGAACAAUCUGAAAAAAACAGAAAAUACGACCGCCAGCUAAGAUUAUGGGGUGAUCACGGCCAAGCAUCUUUAGAAGGUGCACAUGUGUGUUUAAUAAAUGCUACUGGUUUGGGUACUGAAAUACUGAAAUCUUUAGUUCUGCCUGGUAUUGGAGCUUUCACAAUAGUUGAUGGUAAAAAGAUCACAGACGAAGAUAUUGGAGCAAACUUUUUCUUAGAUAGUGAAAGCAUCAGUAAGUCCAGAGCACAGGUAGCCACUCAAAUGUUAUUAGAAUUAAAUCCUGAUGUUAGAGGUGAUUAUGUGGAUGAAGGACCAGAACAGAUUCUAUCUAAUAGUCCAGACUUUUUCAAUAAUUUUGCAGUCGUUGUCGCAACAGCCUUGCCAGAAAAAGCAAUAAUUUUACUAUCAAAAAAAUUAUGGGAAUUAGAUAUUCCCCUAAUAAUAUGUCGGAGCUUAGGCUUCGUGGCUCAUAUUCGUGUUCAAGUAAGAGAGCACACAGUGAUAGAAACACAUCCUGAUAAUGAGAAUCCUGAUCUACGUCUGGAUAAGCCAUUCGAAUCUUUGAAAAAGCACAUGGACUCUAUUAACCUUGAAGAAAUGGACCUUAAGGACCACUCUCAUCUGCCAUACUCAAUAAUUUUAUACAAAUAUCUGGACAAGUGGGUAACGGAACAUGGUGAUCUACCUAAGAAUUACAAAGAGAAGCAGGAGCUUCGCGAGUCUAUAAGAUCAGGAAUCAGAAUAGACGAACAUGGAAUUCCCAUUGACGAGGAAAAUUUUGAGGAAGCGAUGAGGGCAGUAAACACCUGCGUUUCGAGAACAACAGUCCCAUCGGGAGUCAUGGAAGUUUUAAAUGACGAUCGCUGCAUCAAUUUGACAGCUAAGAGCAGUUCCUUCUGGAUAAUCGCCAAAGCAAUAAGGGAUUUUAUGGAGAAUGAGGGUCUUGGUCUGCUACCUUUGAAAGGCGCUGUACCAGAUAUGACUGCAGAUACAGAAAAAUACAUAGCCCUACAACAGAUUUAUCACAAACAAGCGGUAGCCGAUGCUGAAGCUGUUUGGCGUCGCACUCUUCAAUUAUUAAGACAAUUAGGUAGAUCAUCGGAUUCCAUAUCUGAGAAAGACGUAAAAUUAUUUUGCAGAUAUGCGGGGGACAUACACGUAGAACGUGGAAGUUGCAUAGCGGAUGAAUAUGAUUCAAAAACGACAAACGCUAAUGAAAUAGCACAAAGCUUGGAAAAUCCGGAAAGCAUGAUGGUAUAUUACGUUGUGUUAAGGGGUGUCGAAAAGUUCCAGGCUGAAUAUAAUUCCUAUCCCGGUGAAUUUGACGACCAUGUUGAGCCUGAUAUAGUAAAAUUAAAGAGUUGCAUAUCGAAAUUAUUAGGGGAAUGGGGAUGCGGUCCUUUGGCGAAGGACGAUUACGUUCAUGAAUUCUGUCGUUAUGGAGGAUCAGAAUUACAUUCUGUCUCUGCAUUUUUAGGAGGACUUGCUGCUCAAGAAACUAUCAAAUUCAUUACAAAUCAAUACAAACCCAUCCACAAUACGUUUAUCUACGAUGCUGUCACAUCGAACUCUGCUACAUUUGCAUUCUAAUCAAUCACAAAUUAUUUGAUAAAUUCAGGACUGUCUUUAUUAAAUGAAUUAUAAUGAAAUAUAA